UCGUUUGGACCGGAGGAAACAGGCAUGUAACACUUUUAUUCUACUGUCUCUUUGUAUCGGUGUCAGUACAACCGGAAGUGGGUAAUGAUGUCUGUCCUGUGGAGAUCCUACCAGGCCCUGAUGAUCAGGCACCCCUGGUCUGUCCAGAUCAUCACAGCAGGCUCUCUGGUUGGGGCUGGUGAUGUUAUCUCGCAGCAGGUGAUUGAGAGGCGAGGAUUGGCCAAUCACAACGUAGCCCGGACAGCAAGGAUGAUGAGCAUAGGUUUCUUCUUUGUGGGCCCUGUCAUUGGAGGGUGGUACAAGGUUCUAGACCGGCUCGUCACCGGGACAACCAAGACUGCUGCCCUGCAGAAGAUGCUGCUGGACCAGGUAUGUUUUGCUCCCUGCUUCCUGGCAUCGUUCCUGGGGAUCUCAGGGAGUCUGAACGGGCUGAGCCUGGAGGACAACAUCCACAAGCUGGAGAGGGAUUACACAGAUGCCUUGAUCUCCAACUACUACCUGUGGCCUCCCGUGCAGAUCGCCAACUUCUACUUCAUUCCACUGCAGCACAGACUGGCUGUCGUUCAGAUUGUAGCCGUGGCCUGGAAUUCCUACCUAUCCUGGAAAGCCAAUAAGAUCUGAUGGAUCGCCACAGGUCCCGCCCUACCUCGCCCUCAUAGGACAGUUGAGGAGAAGUGUACCAUUCACUUGUCCUGAAAUAUGUGAAGUUAGUAAUGAAGCAUUCAAACUCAAACUUUGAGCAGUUCGACUACAUUUCUCUUGUUCAUUUAGUCUAUCAUCAUAUGUGUUGCUAAUAAAUCACAUUCUGGAUGUUUGAGAGCUGUUUACUCAAAUAAGUGAAUAGGCCUACCAACAAUAUUGUCUUAAAUGUAGGUUACUGUAUAUAACAGUAGGCUAAAUGUUUUUAUAUAUAGUCAAUUGCAUAAAUAAUGUACAUGAAACUAGUACUUUGAAAUGUACAAAUCCUUUUCAAUAAUAAAGUUGUAAUUUAUCAUCAA